AUGAUUCCAAGACAGAACCAAAGCUGGGUUUCUGAGUUUAUCCUGCUUGGCUUCUCCAGGGACUCUGUGACAAACAACACACUCUUCAUUGUGUUCCUUCUCAUCUACUUGAGCUCAGUCCUGGGCAAUGGGCUCAUUAUCCUGCUGAUCUGCCUGGCCUCACAUCUGCACACUCCCAUGUACUUCUUCCUCUGUAAUCUUGCCCUGUUGGAUAUGGGCUAUGUCACCACCACUAUUCCCCAGAUGUUGGUGCAUCUUCUUGCUAAAUCCAAGACCAUCUCCUUUGCUGGAUGUUGGCUUCAGAUGUAUAUGUUUGGUGCACUGGCAAUCACAGAGUGUAUCCUUUUUGUGGUCAUGGCUUAUGACCGGUAUGUGGCAAUUUGCCACCCAUUGAAUUAUACUGUCAUCCUCACCUGGGACUUGUGCAUACGGUUGGCAGCUGGAACCUGGGUCUGUGGUUUCUUCUUCUCUCUGAUACACACCUUCUUCACCAUGAGGCUUCCAUACUGUGGCCCUAACAUAGUCAACCAUUAUUUCUGUGAAGGACCCUCAGUACGUAGUUUGGCCUGCAUGGACACUCAUCUUAUUGAAAUAGUGGAUUUAGUCAUGAGUGUCUUCAUAAAUGUUGUCCCAAUCUCCCUCAUUGUGGCCUCUUAUAUUCAUAUUGCCAUGGCUAUUCUCAAGAUCAAAUCCACCCAGGGCCGCUGCAAGGCUUUCUCUACCUGUGCCUCCCACCUGACUGUGGUCACACUCUUCUACGGUCCAUGCACUUACAUCUACCUAAGGCCCAACUCCAGCUACUCCCCUGAGCAUGACAAACAGAUCUCACUCUUUUAUAAUGUCUUUACUGCCUUGCUCAACCCAGUGGUCUACAGCCUGAGGAACAAAGACAUCAAGAGAGCAUUUCUCAAGAUGAGAUAUGGUAGGUGGAAUGUUGAAUCUUAG